AAAAACGCGAUGCGGACUCCUUGGAAAAACGCGUACCACCACCAGAUAUAGGCAAAGCUGCUUUUGCAAGAUUCGGUGCCAAUAAAAAUGAUAAAGAUAAAGUCAAAGGUAUAAUCACCUUUGUUGAGGAGUUUGACGUUAAUGCUAGUUAUCGACUGCUAAUUACAGCUGCAGUGUUCUCCGAUGGUUUUAAGAGCUCGAAUAUUAAUGAUUAUAAAUUUCUCAUUGGAACCCAAGAUGUGACCAAUGUUUUUUCGUUCUUGAGCAUUAGUCCUCCCAGAGCCAAAUUUACUGACUGCACUUUUAGUAUCAAUGGACUUAGAGUUAGAGAUAUCGUUGGCAAGCAAUUCACUAUUAAGUUAAACAAUGAACAAAUUGGCCGUGAUAAAAUUUCAGCUUAUUAA